AUGGAAGACGUACUGGAAAGAUGGUCCACUGAAGGGCAGACGAACGUGGUCUUGCUAUGCUCAUUCCUUGUCACCAUUGUAUUCGCCGUUGUCUUUGGUGGCUUACUGUCUGCGGAGAAUGAGAAUGCUAUACUUUUGCCAGAUGGCCUGGUAAAGGGCAACUCUCCCUCGGUAUGGCUGCGCAAUAGCCGUGUGUGCUCAAGCGAUGGAAAAGGCCUCGACAACAAAGAUGCUGGACAGGAAGAGGUCUCCAAUGGCCGGAUCUACCCCCGUUCUCCAGCAGAUGGUCAUCGCUUAGGAGAUUCCAUCGACCCAGCAGACGCGUCUCAAAUCGAUGCCGCCAUUUCCGCCGCGGAGAAAGCGCAGAAGUCAUGGUCCCAGACCACGUUCUCCCAACGACGACGCGUUCUGCGCACACUCUUGCGAUACAUCAUCGACCACCAAGAGGAGAUCGUGACGGCGUGCUGCCGCGACUCUGGAAAGACGAAGAUUGAUGCUUGUUUCGGCGAGAUACUUGUUACAGUCGAGAAGCUGCAAUGGACAAUCAAGCAUGGCGAAAAGGCGUUGCGCCGGUCAAAACGACCCACAAAUCUCCUCAUGUCCUACAAAUCCAAUUCUGUCGUCUACGAGGCUCUGGGCGUGGUUGCCGCAUGCGUGAGCUGGAACUAUCCUUUCCACAACUUCAUCUCGCCCGUCAUUUCAGCAUUGUUCUCGGGCAAUGCAAUCGUGGUGAAGCCGAGCGAACAGACUUGCUGGAGCACGACCUACUUUUUGGCCAUUAUUCAAGAAGCCUUGCGCUUGUGUGGCCACGAUCCAGACCUCGUGCAGAACGUCAUCUGCCUGCCAGAUAUCGCGGAUCACUUGACCAGUCACACCAAGAUCAGCCACAUCACUUUCAUAGGCAGCAGAGAAGUUGCGCAUAAGGUAUGUGCGUCUGCUUCGAAGGCGUUGAUCCCUGUUACUGUUGAGCUCGGAGGGAAAGAUCCCGCCAUUAUACUCGACGACACCAAGACCAUCAGAGGCAUUGACGAUGUGGUGUCCAUAGUUAUGCGUGGAGUGUUUCAAUCUGCUGGGCAGAAUUGCAUUGGCAUCGAGCGUGUCAUCGCACUACCUCGCAUCCACGACAAGCUCCUUGAACAGGUUCUGCCGAAAAUCAAGCUCCUGCGACUGGGCUCGGUGCUCGACUCCCCUGCCGACAGCCCACCGGACAUGGGGGCCAUGAUUUCCUCUCGCAGCUUUCCUCGUCUCGAGAAGCUUAUAGCUUCGGCUGUUGCGCAGGGCGCUACACUCCAUUGCGGCGGACAGCAGUAUCAUCACCCGGAAUACCCCGAGGGAACGUACUUCACGCCAACACUCCUCAGCAAUGUCACGCCAGAUAUGGAAAUCGCGCAAACGGAACUCUUCGCGCCCGUCUUCCUGCUCAUGAAAGCCCAAGACGUCGAUGAUGCCAUCCGCAUUGCCAACUCCACCGCCUACGCCUUGGGCGCCGGGGUCUUCGGCCACAACCCUACUGAUAUCGAUAAGUGUGUCAGAGGAAUCAAAGCAGGGAUGGUCGCCGUCAACGACUUUGGCGCCUACUAUGCUACUUCUUUGCCCUUUGGCGGAGUCAAAGGCUCAGGGUACGGCCGGUUCGGAGGAGAAGAAGGACUCAGGGCACUGUGCAAUGUCAAAGCCGUCUGUGAAGAUGCUUGGUGGGCAAGACUAUUGGGAGUCAAGACCCGUAUUCCGCUGAAGCUGCAGUAUCCCGUGAGUCGGCAUGGAUGGGAAGUCUGUAAAGGUGUGAUAGGCACUGGGUAUGCGCAAACCCUCAGUUUAACCGAAUGGGCAGGAUGGGUUCUGCGGUUGGUGAGGGCGCUGAUGCGGUCUGAGGGUGGUUCAAAAGGCGAAUGA